AACACGAAUAAUUUGUUAAUCUCUUUGUAAAUUAUUAUUAUAAAAGGACACACAAUGUUAAAAAUAAAUUCACUUCAAUAACAAAAUUAUUUAAAAUGGCUUUAAUUAGAUUCUCACGUUCUGAUCCUUUGGAAAUUGGAUUUUUUCGUAUGGCCAAAUGGACAUUGAUAUAUCUGGGAAUAUGGCCAUUGGAUCCAUUAAAUCGUAUGACAAUUGUAAAAAUUAUAAUAAAUUCGAGUGCUCUAUUGACGGCGAUUAUUGGUGAAAUACGAUUUGCUUGGUUUAUACGAAGUGAACCAUUAGAAGCGCUCGAUGCUGCAUGUCCUAGUCUAACGAAGAUGGUGACUAUGAUUAAAUUGUCAUGUUUUUUAUUCUUUCGCAAAGAAUUGGCGACUCUUUUGAAUGAACUCUAUGAACAUCUAAGUGCUGAUGCUAGGGAUGCACAAAAGAAUUUAAUGAUUGGCAAGAUAUCAGUGUUUACAACGGUUUGGUGCAUAAUGCUAUUUAUACUGGGCUUAUCUACAAGUUUCCUAUACACUGUACAGCCAAUUAUAGUUUGGGUAUAUCAAAGAUUCACAGGCAAUAAAGACACCUGGGUUAGUUUGCCCUUUCAAGCUGCUUUACCAUACCAGGAUAUGACACAACUCAACGAUAGGUUCGUGUAUUCGCUUGUUUAUUGUUUUCUAGCUCAUUCGGGAAAUGUAACAGUAUUUGGAAUAUCAGGAGCUGAUGGAAUAUUUAUGUGUUUUUGUAUGUACAUAUCUGUUUCGUAUGAAUGUUUACAAGAAGAUUUUAAAACUGCUUUUAAAACUAAUAUCACUGAGAGUAAGAAACCGAGAGAUAAUGAUCUUCUUUAUGAUGAGCUAAGCUUUCUUGUUAAACGCCAACAGCAAAUCAUCGUUAUGUUCGAGCGUUUCAAUCAAAUUUAUAAGUUAAUAAUUUUUGGACAUUUUCUAUUUGCCAGCAUUGAAUUGGGAAUAGUUUUGGUGAAUAUAGUUUUGAGCACUGGAAUAACAAGAAUGAUAUUUUUGACUUAUGCUUUGGGAGCAUGCAGUCAACUUUAUACCUAUUGUUAUGGAGCUGAAAGUGUCAAUCAAAAUUGUGUUAAACUAUCUGAAGUUUUAUAUUUCUGUGAGUGGUAUCAAUGUAAUGCGAACGUUAAACAAUUAGUUCUUUUGAUUUUGAUGAAAUCCCAAAAAGGAAGCUUAUUGAAUGCUCCAUUUUUUAGUCCAUCAUUGCCGCUAUUUUCAUCGAUAAUUCAAACAUCUGGAUCGUAUUUUACAAUGCUUCUAGCUUUUAUGUAAAAUUUUGCAGCUCUUAGCAGUAUUUUUAGAUGCUU